UUAUAUAUAUGUACAUAUAUACACCCGCGCGUCAUAGACGGAAGAACAUAUUUAAAAAUCGUUAUUUUUUUAUUUUUGGAAAGAGAGAGCAUUGAAAACUGUUCAAGCAAUAACGCGGAGACCCAUAUUCAUAAAUAAAUCAUAUUCCCUUUGCAAUCAAACUCACAUCCCCAACUACAACCCCAUCAUUACCACCAUCACAGCCGUAAGGUCUAUAACCAUGUCUUCCUUCGUCAUGGCCAUUAUCCUACUCCUCCUCGCUUCUGUCUACACCAUCUUCCUCCUACUAACUCGAGGCCCAAACCAUCGAAAAACCAGUCAGAAACUUCCACCGGGACCUCGAUCACUACCCAUCAUCGGAAACCUCCACCAACUCGGCACCCUCCCACACCACAGCCUCCAAAAACUGGCUCAAAAACACGGACCCAUCAUGUCCAUAAAGCUCGGCACGGUCCAAUCCAUCGUCUUAUCAUCUCCAAAAGCUGCUUCUCUGUUCCUCAAAACCCACGACACCAAUUUCGCAAGCCGACCAAAACUCCAAGCCUCCGAGUACUUAUCCUAUGGUUCAAAAGGAAUGGCUUUCUCCGAAUAUGGUCCUUAUUGGAGGAGUGUAAGAAAGCUUUGCACUUCACAGCUUCUGAGUGGAUCGAAAACCGAGUCAUUUGCUGAGUUGAGGAAGGAAGUGGUUGGAUGUUUGGUGGAAUCGGUGAAGAAAUCGGCGGUGGAUGGUGAAGUUGUGGAUUUGAGUAGGAAGAUCGGUGAGGUAGUGGAGGAUAUAGCAACGACGAUGAUAUUUGGUAAGAAAAGUAGAGAUGAUAGGUAUAAUCUGAAGGGACUUGCUCAGGAGUUGUUGAGUUUGGUUGGUGCUUUCAAUCUUGCUGAUUGUGUUCCAAUUCUUGGAGUUCUUGAUCUCCAGGGAUUGACAAAGCGCAUGAAGAAAGCCGGCAACUUCGUGGACCAAGUGUUAGAGAACAUCAUUUUGGAUCACCAACAAGACACAAACCCUCAACACCAAGAUUUUGUUGACGUCCUACUUCCAUUGAUUAACCAACCGUUGAAUCCCCAUGACGAGCACGUCUACAUAAUCGAUCGAACAAAUAUCAAAGCCAUUUUACUCGACUUAAUGGUAGCUGCAUUCGAUACUUCAGCCACCACCGUCGACUGGACAAUCGCAGAACUUCUAAAGAAUCCUAGAGUGAUGAAAAAGCUUCAGAACGAGUUACAAAGUGUAAUUGGCAUGGACAAAAUGGUAGAAGAAAAGGAUUUAGAAAAAUUGAGCUACUUAGACAUGGUAGUGAAGGAGAGCUUCAGGUUACACCCAAUUGCACCAUUACUAGUCCCUCGGGAGUGCAUAGAAGACACAAUCAUUGAAGGACAUUGGAUACCGAAGAAAUCGAGAGUGAUGGUGAACGCUUGGGCAAUAGGGCAUGAUCCGAAUGUGUGGUCCGAAAAUGUUGAAGAAUUCUAUCCAGAAAGGUUUAUUGAGAGGAAUAUAGACCUAAAAGGGCAUAAUUUUGAGCUUCUUCCAUUUGGUUCUGGUCGUAGAAUGUGUCCUGGAAUGCAAUCUGGCUUGACUAUUGUUAGAUUGGUUUUGGCUCAGCUUGUGCAUUGCUUUGAUUGGGAGCUUCCUAGUGGUAUGCGGCCUAAGGACAUUGACAUGGCUGAGAUUUUUGGUCUUUCUGUAGCAAGAGCGGAUCACUUGUUAUUGAAGCCUACGUACCGGUUAAUCGGUAAAACCACAUAAGGUUGUUGCCAUACAUUUUUCAUAAGAAAAGAAAACAAGAAAAAGUAUGAGAUUUAUAUUAGUUGAAGGAAAUUAAAUACCUUUUUAUGGAUUUAAUCUUUAUUUACAAGUUUCAUAAUAGAAUAAGUAAAGAAUAAAAAUCUAUUGUUGGUUUGCCAAUA